AUGAGUUCUGUAUUUUUUGCUACCAUUAGCGGUGGAAAGUAUUAUACGAUUGGGAACCUGAAGAAUUACUUUCUGUUAUCACAUCCACACAUCAGUAAAAGAUCACCCAAUGCCAGCAUCGACCAUUUUAAUAGACUGAAAAAUGACCCACAGGUAAAAUGGGUGAUGCAGCAACGAGAGCUGCGUCGUACGAAACGAGACCAUCAAUGGAAGCCGCGUCAUGUGAUGCGACAGUCCAACACACCCGCCUUCCCCGACCCACUGUUCAAAGAACAGUGGUAUUUGAACGGGGGCGCUGCAGAUGGCCUAGACAUGAAUGUUGGCUAUGCAUGGAGAAAAGGAUAUACAGGAAAAGGAGUAGUUGUGACUAUCUUAGAUGAUGGAAUCCAACCAAAUCAUCCUGAUUUAAUACAAAAUUAUGACCCUGCAGCAUCGACUGACAUAAACGGGAACGACACGGACCCGACACCGCAGGACAAUGGCGACAAUAAACACGGCACCCGGUGUGCGGGCGAGGUUGCUGCGGUCGCUUACAAUAAGUACUGCGGCGUAGGCAUAGCUUACAAUGCGAGUAUUGGAGGAGUUCGAAUGCUCGACGGUCUUGUUAACGACGCAGUGGAAGCUCAAGCACUUGGGUUUAACACUCACCACAUAGACAUCUAUAGUGCCUCUUGGGGGCCCGAGGAUGACGGAAAAACAGUUGACGGCCCUGGCCCUUUAGCUAGAAGGGCGUUUAUAAAUGGUGUAACGAACGGAAGAGGAGGAAAAGGUUCUAUUUUUAUAUGGGCGUCGGGAAAUGGAGGCAGGCACACAGAUUCCUGUAAUUGUGAUGGUUACGCCAAUAGCAUAUUUACUAUUUCUAUUUCUAGUGCUACACAGGCAGGUUUUAAGCCAUGGUAUUUAGAAGAAUGCUCCUCAACUAUAGCUUCGACAUUCAGUUCGGGGACGCCGGGUAGAGAUAAAAGCGUAGCUACGGUAGAUAUGGAUGUCCAAUUAAGGCCUGAUCAUAUUUGCACAGUUGAUCACACAGGUACUUCAGCGUCCGCACCUUUAGCUGCAGGAAUAUGUGCAUUAGCGUUGGAAGCAAAUCCAUUAUUAACGUGGAGAGAUAUGCAGCACCUAGUCGUAAUGACGUCGCGAUCACAGCCGCUCGACAAAGAAGAUGGAUGGAUCGUAAAUGGAGUAAAAAGAAAAGUGAGUCAUAAGUUUGGCUACGGGCUAAUGGACGCCGCUCAGAUGGUAACAUUAGCGGAACAAUGGACAAACGUACCACCGCAGCACAUUUGUAAGUCACAAGAAAUAAAUGAGGACAAAUCUAUUGAAACAUCUUUUGGUUAUACGAUAUCAGUGCACAUGGAUGUGAAUGGGUGCAGCGGAACGAUGAACGAGGUCAGGUUUUUGGAACACGUUCAAUGUAAAAUUUCACUGAGCUUUUUCCCCCGAGGUAAUUUACGCAUAUUGCUUACGUCGCCAAUGGGGACAACUUCUACUCUUUUAUUCGAACGAACACAUGAUUCCACUAGUUCUAAUUUCGAUGAUUGGCCGUUUUUAAGUGUCCACUUCUGGGGGGAAAGUGCUGAAGGACGCUGGACCCUUCAAAUACUAAAUGCUGGUAAUAUUCACGUCACUCAGCCGGGUAUAUUGAAAAAGUGGCAAUUAAUAUUCUAUGGUACAGCAUCAAAUCCAAUCCGGUUGCGAAAUAAGGGCUAUUUUAAUACAAACAGUGUUUACCAGGAGGAAAAAGCUUAUCAUAUUAAUGAUGUUUACGACGCCUCUGAAUAUUCUCAAUUCCUCAAUGACAUUGAACUUGGAAUUUCUGAUAGACGAAAUUAUCCCAAAAACAUUCCUUCCGCUCAACGUAAAAAUGUUUUAGCUGAUGCCAAUGAUAAACAAGUACAAAGACUGUGUGAUCCGGAAUGUGAUUCACAAGGUUGUUAUGGAAAGGGGCCAACACAGUGUGUUGCUUGCAAACAUUAUCGUUUAGAUAAUUCGUGUGUUUCAAGAUGUCCUCCAAGGAGUUUCGUUAACCAGGGUGGAGUUUGUUGGCCAUGCCACGAAUCGUGUGAAACGUGUGCAGGGGCCGGACAAGACUCCUGUCUUACUUGUGCUCCAGCUCAUUUAUUAGUUGAUGACCUAGCUGUAUGUUUGCAACAGUGUCCGGAUGGUUACUAUGAGGAUGCCGAUGCAAAUGCUUGCUUCCCAUGCGCUGAACAUUGUGAAACAUGUUCUGAAAAGGCUGAUUUGUGUUCAUCCUGUGCUCACAACUAUGUAAUGUAUAAUGAAUCUUGUUUAGCUGCAUGUCCGCCCGGAACACAUCAAAUGGACGAUUUUAGAUGCAUGCUCUGUCAUGAAACGUGUGAAUCCUGCCAUGGCCCAAGCGUAAAUGAGUGCGUUUCAUGUCGAAUUGGAGAUUACGCAUUCAAAAAUCGUUGUGUUCCAAAAUGUCCCCCAGGAUAUUAUGCCGACACUCAAAGAAGGGAAUGUUUGCUUCCGGGACAUGCCGAGCGACAUGCGCUCCUGGUUACUACCCUGAUGAAGGAACCUGUUCAAAGUGCUAUUUAUCCUGUGAAACAUGCACUGGACCUAGAAGAGAUCAAUGUGCAUCGUGUCCACCUGAUUGGCGACUGGCUGCCGGCGAGUGCCGACCCGAAUGCCCUCAAAAUUUCUUUCCUUGGCAGGACAGUUGUCGUCGCUGCCACCAUUAUUGCCAAGACUGCCAUGGAGCAGGACCGCAGCGGUGUACAUCUUGUCCUCCGCACUUUUCCUUAG